CUCUGACAUCUGAGGACUAGCCUUCAGAGCUGACAAUCCAACUGGACUGGAAGUGACUUCUUUGUUUUGGAGUCUAAUUAAAAUAAUCUCUGAAUCGGCACUUUCUCAUCCUUGUCACAACUAACAUCCGUCAAGAUGGCGAUGGUCACUGGCCUCAUCCCGAUCCUCCGCACAGCUCUGGAGGCCACCACAGACUACACGGGGAGGACCAUGUGGUUUGGUUUCGCUGUGGUCCGUCUUCUUACUCUCUACGUGUCGGAGCUCCCCUGGGGAAAACUGGACAUGGACUUUGACUGCCAGGGCAACCAAACCUCCGAGUUCUGCCGGAAAGCUUGUUUCAGCAACCACUUCAGCGUGCCCAUUGUCUCCCUGUGGAACAGCGCCUACGUCUUCUUCGUGAUUUCCGUCCUCCUCAUGGAGCUUUUCACCUCCCAGCUCCGGCACAAGCUCACCAAAUCUGCCAUGAAAAGCAAAGCUGACCGCCCCAAUGGGCCUUUGCUAGGGACGUGGUCAUCGGACAUUGCCCACAAGGAUUUGGUGCUUGAUUUUCACCAUCAGAGAACGUUGCUUGUCCUCUACAUGUUCUGCAUCGUCCUGCGGCUGGUGGGGGAGCUGGCGUUCCUCUACUUCUUGCUGUGGUGGCAUCUGCCGAUGGUGUCUGGCGACCCCAUUGAAUGCUCUACCCACCUGUGCCCUGGGCCCUUCACGUGCCUGGUCCGAUUCCCGGCCGAGAAGAGAAUGUCUCUCUACCUUUUGGGGUCACUGUCCGGUAUAUUGGCCUCGGUCUGCAUCGUAUUUAUAUUUUACAGCAUCUGCCACUAUUUGGCCAACUGUCGCAUUCGAAAUGAUGAGCUUGUGUGAUGUUCUGGACCUCCUAAUCUAGACUAAAGGACUGUCCCAGUUUUUAGUACCAACACCUGUACAGGAUAAGGACAUGGAAUGGGUAUCGCAUGUUAACAUGCACCAUGUGCACCCAACAUAUCCGGAUAUGGCUUGUCCAUUAUCUCAUUCCAAGGGUCUUAAUAUGACGUUGCUCCUCCCUUUUGCUGCUAUACUAACCUCCUACUCUACUGGAAAGACUUUACACUAUGGGACAAUGUUGGUGUGACUUGGGUUCAUUUCAACCACAAGACCAUAAGUCAAGCUGGCACCAAUGUUUUUUCAGAUCGUUUUAUACAAUGGGGUUUGCAUAUCUGGGGUGUGGAGGGGUAAAUUGCAGCAUAUUAGAGCUCUGUGAUUGGUGGAAACAAAGAUGAAUUCUGGCCAGAGAAUGACAUCAUGUGCAGCCCUGCAAUGGUGCAAGAUCUCUCCUUGUCCUCUUUGUCCCCCCCCCUUCGUGUGCCCCCCGAUCCCCACCGG